AAUUUGGAACCUGAGUUAGUGCUUCAUCGUUGCACACUCAGUGGACAGAGGCCGUAGGUGCAGCUGUGAUAUUAGAGGUGGAAGACUGAUUUGCAUUUUAACCAGGUAAGACCCGGUUAUUCAUUGGUGGGUGAAGAAAAAGAUGAUAACCAGAGUGGUGUAAAACUGCAAUGAGCUCAGUAAACACCGCCUCCCCAUGAUCUGGGUGGCAUCCCACCCAGCCAUGUGACCAAGACAGCAAGGAGUGCUGUCUUUAAGGAGACACAGCACAGAGGCAGAAAAAGAUGGCCCUUACCGUUUAGUUAAUAAGAAAAAGAGGACCUGUUGCCUGUCCCUCUGGCUUUGAACCACAAAAUGAACAGGAAGUUUAUCUGGAUUUUCCUGCAGGACUGAGGGCAGGACGUGAGGCUCUGCCUACAGUCAGCCACUUGGAAUAUUCAGACUUCAAACCAGCAUUGCAGAUUAUAACCCUCCAUAAAUCAUCCACAGCCCAACCCCUAUCAAAUGCCAGACUGAAACACUCAUGGACAUGUGACUUCAGUGUUCCCAACAACAUCUUAAGAUCAACUUGGUUUAUGCAACGUUUGAAUUGAUUUGGGACAAAGCAAGAACAAUAAGGGUAAAAAAGUGAAAAAAAAAAAGAUCCCCGAGUAAUUGCAAAUGCUGGGACAGUUUACCAGUCCAGGGUGAAGAGUCCGUACCAACAUGUCUGCCUACUACAGGAAUAACGGGUUUGAGGAAGACCCAGAUUACCUUGACUAUUCAAGGUCUCCGAACCGUACACAAGGGUAUUUGAAAACUCAGGGUUAUCCAGAUGCUCUGGGUCCUCCAAACAAUCCACACAACCCCGGCACCAGGAACAAUCCAUACUCUGUAGACUCCAGAGAACGUCCAGACUAUCCUGGGUCUCUGAGUAAUCCAGACUAUUCUGGUACCAGAAGUGAUGCAUACUCUUCAACCUCUAGAACAAGCCCAGACCAUCCUGUCUCUCUACCAGAGCCAGAUUAUAGUGAAUUUCAGAGCCAUCCGUACCACCGACCAUCAUCCAGACAGCCAGACUACCCUGGAUCUCAACGAAAUCCUGAUUUUGUAGGCUCCAGCAGCAGUGGAAACUAUGCAGGUUCCAGAACACAUCCAGAUUAUUUUGGCUCCUUAGGAGAACCGGACUACCCUAGAGCUCAGAGCAACUCUGAUCAUCCUGGACCCAGAGCCAACUUGAACCAUCCAGGCUCCAGAAGGAAUCUAAAACAUACAGGUUUCAGAAUCAAUCCGUAUACAGAUUCUCUGGGAGAGCCUGAUUAUCCAGGUGCUGAGAUUCAACCUAACUCUCCACCCUUUUUUGGGGAGCCAGAUUAUCCCAGAACUGAGGACAAUCAGAACUCAUCAAGCGCUUGGGGAGAACCUGAUUAUUCAGAUGCUGAGAAUGGUUAUGAUUAUGGCUCUUCUGAGACCCCAAAGAUGACCAGGCGGGUGCUCAGCAGAACAUCUUCAAUCCAGCCCUCAAAUCAUCACAGGAGUGAUGGCUCCUUGGGCAACCUUUGGGGAGAGAAUGAAGAUUACCCUGAAAGGAUUGAAAUGGCAUCCAUGGAGAUGGCAAACUCAUAUAGACACUCUCUGCCCGAUGCUCCUGGAAAUGGCUAUGGACAGAAGUUAAUUGCAUCUCUCAUACCCAUGACAUCCAGAGACAGAAUUAAAGCCAUCAGGAACCAGCCAAGGACCAUGGAAGAGAAAAGGAACCUUAGGAAAAUAGUUGACAAAGAAAAAAGCAAACAGUCCCAUCAUAUCCUUCAGUUUAAUUGCUGUGUUCAGUGUCUGCACUCCAUUUCACAGACUUAUCGGAGAUCCAAGAGCAGCCUGUCAGAAAUUCUCAGUUCCAUCAGCCUGUGGCAGAAGACGCUGAAAAUCAUCGGAGGCAAGUUUGGAACCAGCAUUCUCUCCUAUUUCAACUUUCUGAGAUGGCUUUUGAAAUUCAACAUUUUCUCAUUCAUCUUGAACUUCAGCUUCAUCGUAAUCCCUCAGUUUACCAUGGCCGAAAAGAACACCCUCCAGUUCACUGGGUUGGAGUUUUUCACUGGGGUGGGUUAUUUUAGGGACACGGUCAUGUACUAUGGCUUUUACACCAAUUCCACCAUCCAGCACGGGAACAGCGGGGCAUCCUACAACAUGCAGUUGGCCUACAUCUUCACGAUCGGAGCAUGCUUGACCACCUGCUUCUUCAGUUUGCUGUUCAGCAUGGCCAGGUAUUUCCGGAACAACUUCAUUAACCCCCACAUUCACUCCGGAGGGAUCACUAAGCUGAUCUUUUGCUGGGACUUCACCGUCACUCAUGAAAAAGCUGUGAAGCUAAAACAGAAGAACCUUAGCACUGAGAUAAGGGAGAACCUGUCAGAGCUCCUUCAGGAGAAGGUCAAGUUGACAUUCAAUCAGCAGCUGACCCGCUUCUCUGCCUACGUGGUGGCCUGGGUUGUCUCUACAGGAGUGGCCAUCACCUGCUGUGUAGCCGUUUAUUACCUGGCUGAGUACAACUUAGAGUUCCUGAAGACACACAAGAACCCUGGGGCGGUGCUGUUACUGCCUUUCGUUGUGUCCUGCAUUAAUCUGGCCGUGCCGCGUAUCUACUCCAUGUUCAGGCUCGUGGAGAGGUACGAGAUGCCGCGGCACGAAGUCUACGUUCUCCUGAUCCGAAACAUCUUUUUGAAAAUAUCAAUCAUUGGCAUUCUUUGUUACUAUUGGCUCAACACUGUGGCCCUGUCUGGUGAAGAGUGUUGGGAAACUCUAAUUGGCCAGGAAAUCUACCGGCUCCUUCUGAUGGAUUUUGUGUUCUCUUUAGCCGAUUCCUUCCUGGGGGAGUUUUUGAGGAGACUCAUUGGGAUGCAACUGAUCAAAAGUCUUGGAGUCCAGGAGUUUGACAUUGCCAGGAACGUUCUAGAACUCAUCUAUGCACAAACUCUGGUGUGGAUUGGAAUCUUCUUCUGCCCCCUGCUGCCCUUUAUCCAAAUGAUUAUGCUUUUCAUCAUGUUCUACGCCAAAAAUGUCAGCCUGAUGAUGAAUUUCCAGCCUCCAAGCAAAGCCUGGCGGGCCUCACAGAUGAUGACUUUCUUCAUCUUCUUGCUCUUUUUCCCGUCCUUCACCGGGGUCUUGUGCACCCUGGCCAUCACCAUCUGGAGAUUGAAGCCUUCAGCUGACUGUGGCCCUUUUCGAGGUCUGCCUUUCUUCAUUCACUCCAUCUAUAGCUGGAUCGACACCCUGAGUACACGGCCUGGCUACCUGUGGGUUGUCUGGAUCUAUCAGAACCUCAUUGGAAGCGUGCACUUCUUUUUCAUCCUCACCCUCAUUGUGCUAAUCAUCACCUAUCUUUACUGGCAGAUCACAGAGGGAAGGAAGAUUAUGAUCAGGCUGCUCCAUGAGCAGAUCAUUAAUGAGGGCAAAGAUAAAAUGUUCCUGAUAGAAAAGUUGAUCAAGCUGCAGGAUAUGGAGAAGAAAGCAAACUCCAGCUCCCUUGUUCUGGAAAGGAGAGAGGUGGAGCAACAAGGCUCUUUGCAUUUGGGGGAGCAUGACAGCAGUCCUGACUUGCGAUUUAGAAGAUCAGUUCAAGAAGAUAAUCCAAGGGCCUGAUGAUUGUUUUGGUAACGAGACACCAGUCAAAUAAGGAGAGCAGAUGAAAAUGGAACGAUUUCUUCCGUGCAACCUGUGCCUUUAGGAAUUGCCCAGAAGGACAUCCAAGCCUUUAGCCAGGAGCGGAAACUGACUACAAUGUAAUUAUCAAAGUAAAAUUGGGCAUUCUGUGCUAUUUUUUACACCUGGAUUGCUGAUUUUUCAAGACAAAAUACUACUUGGGGUUUUCCAGUAAAGACUGUUGUAAUAUUGAAAGGGGCCCACAAAAACCUAGGAAGAAAUAACUAGGGAAUAAUGUAUUUUAUCUUCAAGAAAUGUGUGCAUGAAUGAUUGGUUCUUAGGAAUCUCACCUGCCAGACUUCCCAGACCUGGCAAAGGUUUAGGAACUGUUGUUAAGAAUAGUGGUCCAGCCUGAAUAAACAUGUAAUCCUUAAGCAGGGUGUGAAGCCUG